ACAUGUUCCGGAGACUCACUCUCUACUUUCUGUUCUCUGUAAGUGCAGCAACGCUUCUUCUUCCAACUACAUGUGAUGUGAACUUCAGCACUUCGACUAUGCCUCUGGGUCAAAACCACUCAAAAAUCCUAAACAAAGUUGAUGAUGUCGUCAUGGGAUGUGAUGAUAGAAAAAAUUGCAGCAGGAGCGUGGAGAGUAAUUCUGCCUACGUGUCACAACCUGUUAGUGGUACUAGCAAUGUUUGUCGUCAAUUUAAAAACCGAAAUUGUGUGUCGUCACCAAAUUUAAAGUCAUUGUUGUCAUCACCACCGCCACCACCUUCGUCACCGCCACCGCCACCACCUUCACCACCGCCACCACCAUUAUUACUACCACCAACACCAUCGACACCUUCACCACAAUCAUCAUCAAUUUCAUUACCACCACCAACAUUUUCAUCGACACCAACACCAGAUCACGUAUAUAAGAUAAAUAACCACAAGGACGCAAGGAUAAUUAUAAUUAUUAUUAUAGGUGUUGUAAGUGUUGUAAUUGGAGGAUGUUUCUUCAUAUUUUGUUGUGCUAGACGUAAGUCUUCAACCCGACUGUUCAAAUUUCGUUUUACCAGAAACAAUGAUUCAAAUAUUGAAGCAUUCUUAAGAAAUCAUGGAGCCAUAGCACAGAAAAGAUACAAAUUUUCAGAAGUGAANAAAAUGACUAAUUCAUUCNAAGUUAAACUUGGUCAAGGUGGUUUUGGUACAGUAUACAAAGGAAAACUACUCACGGGUAGCCCUGUGGCUGUAAAGUUACUGAAAGCAUCCAAAAGAAACGAUGAAGAGUUCAUCAAUGAGGUUGCCAGCAUCAGUAGAACAUCCCAUGUUAAUAUUGUCACACUUGUUGGAUUUUGUUUGGAAGGCCCCAAAAAGGCUCUCAUUUAUGAGUUUAUGGCUAAUGGUUCUCUGGAUAAGUUCAUCUACAAUAGAGGUCCAGAAAAUAUUGUAUCUUUGACCUGGGAGAAUUUAUAUCAAAUUGCCAUAGGAAUAGCUCGAGGGUUGGAGUACUUGCACAGAGGCUGCAACACUAAAAUUUUACAUUUUGACAUAAAGCCACAUAAUAUUCUUUUGGAUGAGAGUUUUUGUCCUAAAAUAUCAGAUUUUGGACUAGCAAAGCUCUGUCCCAGGAAUGAAAGCAUUAUUUCUGUGUCUGAUGCAAGAGGAACAAUGGGGUAUUUAGCUCCUGAAAUGAUCAAUAGACAUUUUGGAAGAGUUUCACAAAAGUCUGAUGUGUACAGUUAUGGAAUGAUGCUACUGGAAAUGGUAGGAGGAAGGAAGAACAUUAAUCCUGAAGCUAGUCAUACGAGUGAGAUAUACUUCCCACAUUUUGCAUACAGAACGCUUGAUGUGGAUAAUGAAGUGAGACCAUAUGAAGUGACGAAUGCAGAAGAAGAUGAGAUUGCAAAGAGAAUGACUGUAGUUGGCUUAUGGUGCAUUCAAUCACUUCCAAAUGAUAGACCUACAAUGAGCAGAGUGGUAGAUAUGUUGGAAGGUAACAUGAAUUCUUUGGAAAUGCCUCCAAAACCUUUGUUUUCUUCUCCUACUAGAUCACAACUCUUUCCUAUGUAUGCAAAUCCAUUGAAACUAAACAUGUUCCGCAGAUUCACUCUCUUAUUUCUGUUCUCUGCAACUGCAGCAACGCUUCUUCUUCCAACUACAUGUGAUGUGAACUUCAGCACUUCGUCUAUGCUUCUGGGUCAAAACCACUCAAAACUCGUAAACAAAGUCGGUGAUCUCUUCAUGGCGUGUGUUGGUAGAAAAAAUUGCAGCAGCCCCCGCAGGAGUCUGACACAGACUGGUGUUAUUAACUCGACUGUUGUUACUCACCAGAAUUGCAACGGUAAUCGAGCUUGUAUUAUCAAGGCAUCAUCGCAGGGAUUCAUAUCGCCCGAGUCGACACCAGAUUUAAAGUUACCACCGCCACCACGGUCACCGCCGAAUUUAAAGUUACCGCCACCAUCACCGCCAGAUUUAAAGUUGGCGCCACGACGGUCACCGCCGCAAUCAUCACCACCACAUACACGACGAUCACGAUCAGUUUCUUUACCACCAGGAUCGGCACCAGUACCAGCGCCUGAAUCAAUGUUUUUCGGUGGAAUUGGUGGAGAUUUUGGUGAUUCAGAUGGCACAUAUAGCUCACAAGACGACCAGGUCAAUUGGAUAAUUAUAAUUAUAAUUAUUGUAGGUGUGGUAAGUGUUGUAAUUGGAGGAUGUUUCUUCAUAUUUUGUUGUGUUAGACGUAAGUCUUCAAUCCGACUGUUCAAAUUUCGUUUUACCAGAAACAAUGAUUCAAAUAUUGAAGCAUUCUUAAGAAAUCAUGGAGCCAUAGCACAGAAAAGAUACAAAUUUUCAGAAGUGAAAAAAAUGACUAAUUCAUUCAAAGUUAAACUUGGUCAAGGUGGUUUUGGUACAGUAUACAAAGGAAAACUACUCAGAGGUAGUCCUGUGGCCGUAAAGUUACUGAAAGCAUCCAAAAGAAAUGGUGAAGAGUUCAUCAAUGAGGUUGCCAGCAUCAGUAGAACAUCCCAUGUUAAUAUUGUCACACUUGUUGGAUUUUGUUUGGAAGGCUCCAAAAAGGUUCUCAUCUAUGAGUUUAUGGCUAAUGGUUCUUUGGAUAAGUUCAUCUACAAUAGAGGGCCAGAAAAUAUUGUAUCUUUGACCUGGGAGAAUUUAUAUCAAAUUGCCAUAGGAAUAGCUCGAGGGUUGGAGUACUUGCACAGAGGCUGCAACACUAAAAUUUUACAUUUUGACAUAAAGCCACAUAAUAUUCUUUUGGAUGAGAAUUUUUGUCCUAAAAUAUCAGAUUUUGGACUAGCAAAGCUGUGUCCCAGGAAUGAAAGCAUUAUUUCUGUGUCUGAUACAAGAGGAACAAUGGGGUAUUUNGCUCCUGAAAUGNUNAAUAGACAUUUUGGNNGAGUUUCACAAAAGUCUGAUGUGUACAGUUAUGGAAUGAUGCUACUGGAAAUGGUAGGAGGAAGGAAGAACAUUAAUCCUGAAGCUAGUCANACGAGUGAGAUAUACUUCCCACAUUUUGCAUACGGAAGACUUGAUGUGGAUAAUGAUGUGAGACCAUAUGAAGUGAUGAAUUCAGAAGAAGAUGAGAUUGCAAAGAGAAUGACUGUAGUUGGCUUAUGGUGCAUUCAAUCACUUCCAAAUGAUAGACCUACGAUGAGCGGAGUGGUAGAAAUGUUGGAAGGUAACAUGAAUUCUUUGGAAAUGCCUCCAAAACCUUUGUUUUCUUCUCCUACUAGAUCAGAAACACAAUCUUCCUCCCGAAAUUAGUUUUAUGGUAUUUUGGUAAAAUCUUUCUAGUUAUAAUGUAAAAGGAGGAACGCUCAACUCAUUUGUUUAGUACUAUCCUUGAAAGCAAAUGCAUCUCAUGUGUUUGUUAAAUUGCCACUACAUGAUUGCUGAA